AUGGCCGAGUGCGUGACCAUGCUGCCCGACCUGGCCGCCCAGUACAACGCCAGCGUGUGCAGCGCCGCCGAGGCCGGCGAACAGCCGCGCUUCCCCACCUAUGUGCGCGUGCUGGUGACGCUGGCCUGCUCGCUGAUCCUGACCGUGGGCGUGGUCGGCAACGUGCUCGUGCCGCUGGUCAUCUGGCGGAACCGCGAGCUGCGCAACUCCACCAACUUCUUCCUGCUAAACCUGAGCCUGGCCGACCUGUUCGUGCUGCUGCUCUGCAUGCCCAAGGUGCUGGUGGAGGUGCACACGCGGCCCGAAGUCUGGAUCCUCGGCAGGACCAUCUGCCUGAUGGUGCCGUUCCUGGAGCAGCUCGUGGUGAAUGUGUCCGUGCUGACCAUCAUGGCCAUCUCAAUGGAGCGCUACUAUGCCAUCUGCAAGCCGUUGAGAGCUGGCUACACGUGGACCAAGAUGCGCGCCCUGGUGGUCAUCGUGAUCGUCUGGCUGGCGGCACUCGUCACGUCCAGUCCGAUCUUAUGGAUAGUGCAGUACAACAUGGUGGACUACACAGACAGCACGAAAGUGCCCGUCUGUACCACGAUGGCGCACACUACGCUGAACAAGCUGUACUACAUCUCGAAGGACGUGACGUUCUUCUUCCUGCCGGUGCUGGUGCUGCUGGUGCUCUACUCGGUCAUCACGCUGCACCUGAUACGAGAGCCGCGCACAGAGAAGUCCAACUUCCGCAUCUCGCGCAGUCACGACCCGCGCAACGGCGCAGAAACCAGCAACUACCGCGCACGCAAGCAGGUCGUCUUUAUGCUGAUCGCCGUCAUUGUCUGCUUCUUCUUAUGCAUGCUGCCGUCCUGUGUGUUCCGGCUUUUCAUCAUCAUCUCUCCUGACGAGCAGAUUCUAGGCCUCGGCUGGGAGCUGUACCACAACAUCAACUUCUUCUGCCGCAUCAUGACCUACAUCAACUGCUCCAUGAACCCCAUCCUGUACAAUGUGAUGUCAUCCAAGUUCCGCGAGGCGUUCCUGAAGGUGCUGGGCGUGCCGCCGGCCGGCCGCCACCUCAGCCGCCAAAGCACGUUCAACACGGCUUCCUCCACCACCAGCUCUCGGCUGAACAGCGUGCUGCGAGCCGAGGCGGCUGGUUCACCAGGCGGCCCUGCCGCGAGUCGCUACGGCCGCCAGAGCAGCUGCGCUUCGGUGCUGGGCAGGGGCGCGCGCGCGCACGAGGCGGCCACCGCGCUCGGCUCGUGGCCUCUGGAGCGGGUGCACAGCCUGGACCGCACCACGAACGUCAUCCGCGAGGGCGGCACCAACGGGCGGGCCGACUGCGUGUGAGGUGCAGGCCGGUGGCCGACGGCGGCUCUCGAGCGCGGGGUCGGCGCUGGCGGGCUGCGGGAGUCCAUGGACAGGCUGCGGGAGUCCGCGGGCGGGUUGCGAGAGUCCGCGGGCGAGCUGCGAGAGUCCGCAGAAGGCGGGCACGCGGUGUGUCUCGCGAACUCUC